AUGAACAGUUCCGCGGAAUGUCUGGGACCAAACGGCGUUGAGCUACACACCAACUCGAAGCAUGUAAACUGCAGUACAAAGCUGGACGCUCAUACCGGGGGAGGCAUCACAGCCCUGGGCAUUCUUGUCUCGGUCUUCCUGAGUCUCAUCACUUUAGCGACCGUGGUAUCCAAUGGAUUUGUAAUCGCCACUAUCUACCAGACCAGGAAGCUUCACACUCCCGCUAACAUCCUGAUCGGCUCCUUGGCCGUCACCGACCUCAUGGUCGCCCUGCUGGUGAUGCCCAUCAGCAUUGUCUACACGGUCAGCGGCACUUGGAGUUUCGGCCAAGUCGUCUGCGACGUCUGGCUGUCCUCGGAUAUCACCUGUUGCACCGCCUCGAUCCUGCAUUUGUGUGUGAUCGCUUUGGACCGGUACUGGGCUAUCACGGACGCGGUGGAGUACUCGGCCAGGAGGACCCCUGAAAGAGCCGCUGGGAUGAUCGUCACGGUGUGGGUGAUCUCGGUCUGCAUUUCCAUCCCGCCUCUGUUCUGGAGGCAGGCCAAGGCAGUGGGGCUAACAGACUGCAUGGUCAACACUGACCAGAUCUUCUACACCAUCUACUCAACUUUCGGAGCCUUUUACAUCCCCACUUUGCUGCUGAUCGCACUCUACGGGAGAAUCUACGUGGAGGCAAGGUCCAGGAUCCUGAAGCAGACGCCAAAGAACACGGCCAAGAGACUGACCACGGCGCAGCUGGUCACCGACUCGCCGGGAUCCUCCUCACUCUCGGUGAACUCGCGGGCGAACGAGGCCGCGGGCUCUCCGGUGUACCUGAACCACGUCAAGAUCAAAGUUUCUGACGCGCUUUUGGAAAGGAAGCGGAUCUUGGCGGCCAGGGAGAGGAAAGCGACGAAAACACUGGGGAUAAUCUUAGGGGCGUUCAUCGUGUGCUGGCUCCCGUUCUUCAUCAUCACCCUGGUGAUGCCCAUCUGCAAGGAGGCUUGUUGGUUCCAUCAUGCCAUCUUUGACAUCUUUAAUUGGCUGGGCUACCUAAAUUCCCUCAUUAACCCCAUCAUUUACACCAUGUCUAACGACGACUUCAAGCAGGCUUUCCAGAAACUAAUCCGGUUGAGAUGACUGUGAAUCACCCAAUAGUCUCAUACGUGUACAAGUAAGAACGCUAAACCACC